GGGUCACACUAGGACCGUGGCUGAGACACUCCGGCUUAGUUCUGGCAGGCGGAGCGGACUGGGCUGGGAACGGGGCCCUGUGGGCGUAAGCGAGGUUAUCCUACGCGAGUGGCGUAAAGCGGGUUUGUAAAUGCCUCCUGCCUUGCUCGGCCCGACCGCCUCCAGGAAGUCUUCUCUAGGUCAGUAUAUGUUUUAUGCCCUAUUCUUUUAUCACACACAAAAAGAGAAGAAAUACUGCAGUGAAUGAAGAUUCUGCUGCAUUUUAGCACUGCUUUUCCUGCUGUCGUUGGCCUUUGAAUGAGGAUGACAAUGGAAGAGAUGAAGAAUGAAGCUGAGACCACUUCCAUGGUUUCUAUGCCCCUGUAUGCAGUCAUGUAUCCGGUGUUUAAUGAGCUAGAACGAGUAAAUCUAUCUGCAGCUCAGACACUGAGAGCAGCUUUCAUUAAGGCUGAAAAAGAAAAUCCAGGACUCACACAAGACAUCAUUAUGAAAAUUUUAGAGAAAAAAAGUGUAGAAGUUAACUUCACAGAGUCCCUUCUUCGAAUGGCUGCUGAUGAUGUAGAAGAGUAUAUGAUUGAACGACCAGAGCCAGAAUUCCAGGACCUGAAUGAAAAGGCACGAGCACUUAAACAAAUCCUCAGUAAGAUCCCCGAUGAGAUCAAUGACAGAGUGAGGUUUCUGCAGACAAUCAAGGAUAUAGCUAGUGCAAUAAAAGAACUUCUUGAUACAGUGAAUAAUGUCUUCAAGAAAUAUCAAUACCAGAACCGCAGGGCACUUGAACACCAAAAGAAAGAAUUUGUAAAAUAUUCCAAAAGUUUCAGUGAUACUCUUAAAACCUAUUUUAAAGAUGGCAAGGCAAUAAAUGUGUUCAUAAGUGCCAACCGACUAAUUCAUCAAACCAACUUGAUACUUCAGACCUUCAAAACUGUGGCCUGAAAGUUGUAUAUGUUGAGAGAUGUACUUCUCAGUGGCAGUAUUGAACUGCCUUUAUCUGUAAAUUUUAAAGUUUGACUGUAUAAAUUAUCAGUCCCUCCUGAAGGGAUCUAAUCCAGGAUGUUGAAUGGGAUUAUUGCCAUCUUACACCAUAUUUUUGUAAAAUGUAGCUUAAUCAUAAUCUCACACUGAAGAUUUUGCAUCACUUUUGCUAUUAUCAUUCUUUUAAGAAUUAUAAGCCAAAAGAAUUUACGCCUUAAUGUGUCAUUAUAUAACAUUCCUUAAAAGAAUUGUAAAUAUUGGUGUUUGUUUCUGACAUUUUAACUUGAAAGCGAUAUGCUGCAAGAUAAUGUAUUUAACAAUAUUUGGUGGCAAAUAUUCAAUAAAUAGUUUACAUCUGUUAAA